ACGGUAGUAACCUCACUCACUGUCGCACUUGUUUAUUUUUCAUGUAACUUUCAGACGAAGGUAAGGCAAGACCGCGAUUAAGUUAACUCAAGUGCACCUUUAGUCACGAAUACGACAACUGUAUCGCCGGUAAAGCAAGCGUAGAUCGAAUAAUUGACGACAGUGUGCAUGGCUAAGUAGCUGCUCACAGUAUAACUUUAUAUUAGCUUAGAUUAGCUUGCUAACGUUAGCGGAGACGCUAACUAGCAGGUUAGCCAAGUUUGCUGGCAUUGACAAGGUACAUGCAUAUUAUAUAAAAAAGCACAAACAUGUUAAUUAUCGCGGAGAAAACAACGUAUUGUGAUAAUAUAUACGUAAGUUGCGUCGAACGGAUUUGUUUUUAAAGUAGUGAUUGUGAAAUAGACUUAGCUAGCAUGCUAACAUUGACUGGAGUCAAUUUGGUUCUUCCAACGAGGCUAAUUUAACACCAGCUUAUACAGUUUCACCCAGAAUAAGUGCAUUUUAAUAAAAAACGAUUAUGCUGUUUCCCCAUUUUGACUCGUUUAUCAGGUUGUUGCUAGCAUUAGCAAGCUAAAUCUGGGUCAAGACAACUAGUAAGUAAGUGACUUAUUACUGGGUAGUUGGGACAUUAAGUGGCUAUUUUUUUAAAAAAUGCUUUAGCCUAAGGAAGGUCAUAUUUUGAACACUGUUAUUUGUGUUGGUAACAAUAAGAUGUUGAUACAAACUAGCUUCAUUUUGGUUAGCAUUGGUUCAGGUUUGUGUUCAACUUGCAGGCGAGCUAAAGAGAAACCGAGAUCCAGAUCCAGGCGGAAGAAGUCACCAUGGCCCGUCUGGUUGCAGUUUGCAGGGAAGGGGAGGAGGACUACCCGUUUCUGGCAAGACAGAUUCCCCUGUACAUCGAUGACACACUCACGAUGGUGAUGGAGUUUUCUGACAGUGUGAUGGAUGUUGACAGCCAUGAACUCAGCACUUCUCGUUGGAAACAGUUUUCUGAGCAUUACUCCAAGCUGAAGCAGCAGGACCUGAACGUUGCCUUGAUGGUGACGAUCAGAGAGGUGUUCGGUGCGUUGUCUCAGCUGGUUCCGUGCGUGGGCUGCAGACGAAGCGUCGAGCACCUCUACUCACGUUCUUUGGAGUCAGGAAACCCAGCCCUGAAGCCSCUCAUGGUGAAACCUAAAGGCAUGCUCACUGUCACCAAGUCCUGUGUGACAGACACGAAGAAGCUUUAUUCUCUCUUCUACAUCCAUGGAUCAAAGUUAAAUGACACGAUUGAUGCYAUUCCAAAAAGUAGAAAGAACAAACGCUGCCAGCUGCACUCCUUAGACACUCACAAACCGAAACUUUUGGGGGGCAGCUGGAUGGACGUGUGGGAGCUGAUGUCUCAGGAGUGCAGGGACGAGGUGGUCCUCAUUGACAGUGCUGGUCUCCUUGAGACACUGGAGGCAUACUUGUGUAAACACAGGUUUUGCUCAGACUGCAAGAAUAAGGUGCUGAGAGCGUAUAACAUCUUGAUUGGGGAGGUGGAGUCCAGUGAGGAGAAGGGCUACUGUGCUGCUCUGUAUGAGGGGCUGUGUUGUUGCCCCAACGAACGGCACAUUCACGUGUGCUGUGAAACGGACUUCAUCGCUCAUUUACUUGGCAGGGCAGAGCCCGAGUUCUCAGGAGCGUACGAACGCAGAGAAAGACAUGCGAAGACGAUUGACGUUGCACAAGAGGAGGUGCUGACCUGUUUGGGUAUUCACCUCUACGAACGACUGCACAAAAUUUGGCAGAAACUACGAGCAGAGGAGCAAACCUGGCAGAUCUUGUUCCACCUGGGAAUUGAUGCACUAAGGAAAAGUUUUGAGAUGGCUGUGGAGAAGGUGCAGGGCAUCAGUCGACUGGACCAGUUUGUGGAGGAGCUGUCUGAGGAAAAACGAGCCAAAGAGCUGAAGCUGGAGAAAAAAAAACAAAAGCGUAAAAAUCGACGCAAAAACAAGUGUGGCUUGAACAUGAAGCAAGAUUUGUCUCACACCAGUAAUGGAAGUGACUGCGGCUACUCCUCAAGUAUAGAAGGCAGCGAGAUGGGCUCACGAGAAGGCUCCGAUGUGGCGUGCUCCGAGGGAAUCUGYAACCACGACGAAGCAGGUGGCUACACACCCGUCAGUCCCUGUGCUGAAGACAAGGAGGAGGACGCAACGGACAGCUGUGUGGACUGCUGGCCGCGCUCUGAGGAGAACUGUCAGUGCAAGAGCAAAAAGAAGAAGAAAAAGGGCAGGGGCUUCUGCAGCAACCAGGGACAAAAAUGUGACGGUCGUAAGUCUGACGGAAACGCACCCGGCCGCAGUCUGACAUCAGCACACGCUUGUCGAACCAAAGGAUUAUUUUCCUCCUCCUGUGGGGAUAAAUUUGCCAACACGGCACUACGGUCACCAUGGWCAGUCCAUCAGGAGAACCUCAGUCUUCAGGUCGAACCUCCAAAUGAAAAUAAAAGCCUGGAGCAGCUUCUGGAUGAUUCAGAAGUAACCUCCGAUGAAGAGAGCUGUCUGACACAGGACGAAAUCCAGGCAUUUUUACAACAAAACCAGUCCUUCUACAACAACCGCCACCAGUACCGACAGCUCCUGAAGGAGAAAUUCACCAACUACUGCCGCGCCACCGAGCAGAGCAAGCCGGUCUGUGGGACAUGCUUUGCCACAACCAGUGUCAACUAACUGCACUAAUAUCUUCUCCUGGAAAAGUCAAACACUCACGACCACUGCUGCAACACUUAAAAUUUUUAAAAAUUACAUUUCAGGAGUACUUUUGAUGUCUUGUUUGGCCAUUUCUCCUCUGACGUAAGCGUGAUUCUUACUUUUUCCAUGUCAUCUAUUUCUAUUUUGCACUCGUACACCGGCACAGUGGUUCAUCUCUUUCUACAUGCRUAGGUGUCGUUUUCUGACCAAUCCUGUAGCUGUUUGUUGUUGGUCUUCUGUAAGGGGGUUGUGGGGGUAACGGCACAGUAGAAUGUGAAAUCCAGAUUCACAAACUGUGAUUGUUAGGGAAUAAAUUUAGGAGUCUUAUUGUUUAUUUUUCUUAUGUUUUUUUUUUCUAUAUUUUUCUCCUUAGACAUGUCAGCGUAGUGCUAAAGGUUGUACUAUUAAAUGUGUACAGAAAUAUAAAUAUAAAGAUUUUACAGAGAAUAAACAUCCAUUUGUAAUAACAAAUUGGGUGUGAUAAGAUUGUAAUGUAAAAAAAAUUAAAUAAAGAAUAUUUAUUAAUAUGCAA